AUGGAGGACCUGGAGGAAGUUUUGACAGAAUUGACACGGUUCCGGCCGGACCGGCAGCUGGAGAUCCCGCACGUGCUGGAGCAGUACCUGAAGCAUGUGGCACGCACUGGCGACUCGGUGUUCCCGUGGCCACAGGUGCGUCCGCUGCUGAAGCGCAAGCUGGACCUGAUCGCCGGCGAGUUCUGCCAGCACAGCCCGCCCGAGAAGAUCCCCGCCAUGCCGAACGUGGACCCGUUCAAGUACGACCAGCUGCUGAAGGAGAUACACUUCCGGAUCGACUCGCUGGGCGGCACGCCGUUCACCAUCCAGCGGCUGUGUGAAUUAAUGACAGAGCCGCAGCGCUACUACAAGCGCACCGACAAGUUCAUGCGCGGUGUUGAGAAGAACGUGCUCGUGGUGACCACCAUCGAAGCCACCAGCCGGCCGGCCGCCUGA